GCUCCGAUCCGGUCUCAACCCACCGACAUGGCAACUUGCCUAGCGCAAGGGGCAGCGGGGCUUCCGACGAUGUGUUUUCAGGUUCUGUAUGCUGUUCUGCCCGCAAGCUGACGAAUGUCCGUGCUGUGGCAACCUUGUGAUUGGUUCCAACCUCUGUCAGACAUAAGCUCUGCUUGGCGGUGUAUAAGUCGGCCUCCUCACCCCAUCCCAUCUUCCCCAUGUCAUCGAUCUUUCCCACGACCUCUGCUUUGUCCCCUCUCUCAAUCCGAUGGGCCCAGCUGGUCGUCUCUGGGUUUUUUUUAUGGUGCUCGUGGUCCCAGCAUGGACUUCCUCCCUGUCGAGCUGGUUCGACUUGUCUUCCAGUACUGCGAUGCCCGAACCGUGAGGGCACUCCGACAGGUCUCGGGCAGGUACGCCGACGUGGGCUACGAGUUUCUUCUCGAUCCUCACUUCACCGCCGUCGAGUGGAGAGACGAUAUCACGAGGCUGCGCUCCAUCGCCGGUCAUGACCGUCUGAGGGGCAGCAUCCGAUCUCUCACCUUCAACUUCUCCCAAGUCGACGAAUACAAUGCCCGCCACACCACCUUUUUCCAACACUGGCUCCAGGAGCCCGAGGAGCGCAGUGCGCUGCUCCAGGACGCAUGGCUGCGGUAUUACGAGCUGGAGGAGUCCGCCCGCAAGCUGCCGCCCUUCCAUUCCCGCUCUACCGCCCUGGAAGAAGCCUUCAAGCGCCUCCCCAACCUCAAGGACCUCGAAAUCACCCUCACCAAAUGUCCUUACGACAUACCCGUCCUCGAGGAAGUCUUCCAAGUCCGCAGGUGCCGCAAGCGCGACCGCCACCAGGCUUGCAAGAACAUGAACGCCAUCGUGUCGGCCAUCCGCCACAUCCGGCUCGCCUCGCUCUCCAUCGACCAGCUGCCGCUCGAGAUUUUCCGCCUCGCCGAUGACCGCCGGCACUGGUUUGACUGCGCCCGCUCCUUCGCAAGCCUCUCCCGUCUGACCCUGGUCCUCGACCCGCCGCCCAACCUCCUACCCUCGGCCCGCUUCCGCGCCAUCAACGGCCUCGGUCACGUCCUCCACUACAGCGUCAACCUGACCCAUCUGACUCUAGCCUUCCACACCUACCACGCGCCCCUGGAAAAGUUCCACCUGUCCUUCCACGCGCUCUUUUGCGGCCAGGACUUUGUCUACCCCCGCCUGACCGACCUCAAGCUGGAAGGCGUCAGUUGCGCGGAGGAGGACCUGCGCGGGUUCUUGCUGAGGCACGGCGCCACGCUCGAGAGGCUGCGCCUUGGAGGGCGCGGGCUCGCAAGGCCGAGCGAGUGGAGCAUUGGCGGUGUGCACCUGCAUGAGGGCUCGUUCAGGGGCUUGUUUACGAGUUUGCAGGGCAAGAUGUCCCGACUGAAGCGGUUCCAUAUGGAAGGGGAUGCCGAGGCCGGGGACUUCAUGACUAGCUCCAGGGAGGUCUAUGUGUUUUUACCUAUUACGGAUGAUGAGUGGGAGCCGGUGGCGAGUCAGGGCGGUGGGAAGAAGUGCGGGGGCUGGACGGCAGGGAUGGCGUGCGUGAAGGUGGUGAAUUGCUUGGGGCUGGAGAGGUUUCUGGUGGAAGGAGGUGAAUAUCCCCGGUUGGGGAAGAAGGAUGAUGCGAGCGAUGAAGGGGAAAUAACUGGUGGUUGAUACCGGGUGUUCUUUCACGGACACGACUAAUUUCAGAUGUAGAUAUCACGAUUUACACGACUCUUACGACUCUGUUCACUUCAAGAACGCAUUAGACUUGGGGUCAUGGCUAGGUACAGGGGGUGGGAUGGAGUUGGCGACACAUUAGACAGAAUGCAAGCAAUUGUCGGUUU